AUGACACAGGCGAUAAGUAGCGCACGGAAAUGGAUACUGGCGCAAGUAGAGGAAGAGAAGGGCCAAUCCGGCGCAAGAGUCACACCGAAACAUCCGAGCCGGCUACAUGCAAUCCGCUGUAACACAGACGCGGCCUGGAGGAAGGAGACGAAGGCAGCAGGACUGGGAUGGGUCUUCACAAACGACAGAUCGGAGCCUUUGGGAUCCGGAUUUGACACAAGAGAAGCCGUUCGAUCGGCGCUCACGGCAGAAGCACUGGCGAUGCUCCAAGCCAUCAAAACCGCCCGAGAAAUCGGACACAGCCACCUAUCAGUCGCUUCUGAUUCGCAACAGCUAAUCAAAGCAAUCAACAGAGGAGAUUCUUCCAAAGAGCUCCAUGGGAUUCUACAUGACAUCCUAGAUUUCUUACUUUCCUUUUCUGCAAUCUCUUUUCUCUAUGUUCCACGGGAAGCCAAUGUGAUGGCAGAUCGUUUAGCAAAGAAAGCUUUGGUUAACUUUGGUCAGGGACCGGUCUAA